AAAAUGAUCAAGCUGGAAACGAAGAGCAGCUGAGCUCAAUACAAACCCGAAGCAUAAACACUACAAGACACGCGGGCAGAUUUAUAGUUACACGGUUAAUAUAAAUGACCAAAAGUUCAGCCUCUGCAAUGUUUUACGCCUUUUUUGUGUUUUUACCUCGUUUUAGGUGAAGCGAGAUGAGAGCGGGAGCCUGCGUGACGCCCUCCUCUCAGUGUGGCUCUGGUUAAUUAAAACUACAGGGGGCGACCAGACCGGGCAGCUCGCUUUACAAGAGGGCUUUGAAAGUUUGGUUAUGAUUUAUCCAGUCGUUGUUCGUUAGCUGUCUGCUGAGGGAACACCGCGUUCAGGCGUCGGCGUCAGUCCGGACCUCGUCUGUGUGUUUUACGAGCUGUCUAAUGGAAGGUCGCUGUGGUGAGGGGUCUCACACACAGAGCCCAAGCUGCGCUGCUGUAAGGAGUCGGAAACCAUGUAUGGAUACAGGGAAGCACAGAGAAAAGGCCAGCUCCAAAAAAACUGAACCUCGUAGAGCAACCAGGCCCUCCAGCUCUGACACACGGGGCUUAAACGGGACUUCUACGGAGAAGAGGCUCCGUUACUCCGACUGUGACUACACACCCCUGUGUCCUCUACUGUCCGUGGCUGCUCUCUCUCUCUGCACCCGCUUCUACAGGAUCACUGAACCGCCGCACGUAUGUUGGGACGAGACACACUUUGGAAAGAUGGGGAGCUAUUAUAUCAAUCGCACAUUUUUCUUUGAUGUCCACCCACCACUUGGCAAGAUGCUGAUUGGCCUUGCUGGAUAUCUGACUGGCUAUGAUGGGACUUUUCCUUUCAUCAAGCCUGGAGACAAAUAUGAGCACCAUAACUACUGGGGGAUGAGAGGGUUCUGUGCAGUUCUUGGUUCAUGUCUGCCUCCCUUUGCGUUCCUGGUGGUCCUGGAAUUGUCCCAUUCUACUCCGGCUGCACUCAUCACAGCUUCCCUGCUCAUUUUUGACACUGGGUACAUCACCCUCUCCCAGUACAUCCUACUGGACCCCAUCCUAAUGUUUUUCAUCAUGGGAGCCGUCUUGAGCAUGGUCAAGUUCAACCACCAGAGACUCAGGCCUUUCAGCUGGUCCUGGUGGCUGUGGCUACUUCUGACUGGGGUGAACCUCUCUGGCUCUCUGGGGGUGAAGUUUGUGGGGCUGUUCAACAUCCUUUUAGUGGGCAUCAACACUGCAUGGGACCUCUGGAGGCUACUGGGGGAUCUCCAUCUGUCUCUGGUAGAUUUUAUGAAGCACUUGAUUGCCCGAAUGUUUGGUUUGAUAAUGCUCCCCUUGUUCCUGUACACUACAAUAUUUGCUGUCCACUUCGUCAUCUUAAACAGAAGUGGUCCAGGAGAUGGUUUCUUUAGCUCUGCUUUCCAGUCUCGACUAAUUGGAAACAACCUGCACAAUGCCACCAUGCCAGAAUACCUGGCAUAUGGCUCCAUAAUAACGUUAAAGAACCUGAGGAUAGCUGGAGGCUAUCUGCAUUCCCACUGGCAUCUUUACCCAGAGGGGGUUGGAGCCCACCAGCAGCAGGUUACUGCCUAUCUGCACAAAGACUAUAACAACCUGUGGCUGGUCAAGAGACCCAACAGUGAUGAUUUCACAUGGAAUCCAGAGCUCAUUCGACAUGGUGACAUCAUUCGAUUAGAGCACAAAGAAACCACCCGGAACCUCCAUAGUCACCUCCAUGAGGCGCCACUGACCAAGAAACACCUUCAGGUGACCGGCUAUGGCAUUAAUGGUACAGGUGACCCUAAUGACCUCUGGCAGGUGGAGGUAUGUGGGGGAAAGAAAGGUGACCCAGUGAAGGUGUUGCGCAGUAAAGUGCGCUUGCUGCACCGCUCCACCGGCUGCGUGCUGUAUUCCUCAGGCAAGACCCUCCCAAAAUGGGGCUGGGAGCAAGUGGAGGUCACAUGUAGUCCAUAUUUAAAGGAAACUCCUAACUCUCAGUGGAACAUCGAGGAUCACGUCAACCCAAAGUUGCCCAACAUCAGUUUGCAUGUGCUCAAGCCCUCCUUCCUGGAGAUCCUGUUAGAGUCUCAUAUUGUCAUGAUCAGGGGAAACAGUGGCUUGAAACCUAAGGACAAUGAGAUAAACUCUAAACCUUGGCACUGGCCCAUCAACUACCAGGGCUUGAGGUUUUCUGGGGUGAAUGAGACGGAGUACCGGGUUUACCUAUUGGGGAACCCUGUGAUCUGGUGGCUAAACCUGUUCAGUCUGGGGCUGUUUGUUGUCAUGGUGUCUUUGUGCUGUGUGGCCUUACAGAGAGGAGCUAAGCUGGGAGGAACAAAGAAAGCACACUGCCAGGUUCUUAUGGAAGGAGGUGGAUUGCUUUUCUUAGGCUGGCUGCUACACUACCUGCCCUUCUACACCAUGGGCCGUAUUCUCUACUACCACCACUACUUCCCUGCGAUGCUCUUCAGCAGUAUGCUUACAGGUUUAACACUGGACACAUUUCUACAGAAUGCAGAUCUCCUGUUUAGUCCAGCUGUUUCAAAGUAUAUUUUAAGAGGAGGUCAGAUAGUACUCCUGGUUGGGAUUCUCCACAGCUUCUAUUUGUUCCACCCUCUCUCCUAUGGCAUGAAUGGGCCUUUAGCUCAUGACCCCACCUCCUCCAUGGCUGGACUCCGGUGGCUGGACUCCUGGGAAUUUUAGAAGAUUUUGAAAUGGCAGGGGCCAGGAAAAGAUUUUUAUAACUUCUGACUAGUUUAGUUUUGCUGUGACUGAUGUAAAUAACUUAAAAUUAAGUGCCUUUUAUGUGAAUUAUAUAAAAACAGACUGAAUGGCCCAAGAUAUAGGAUUAGACCACUAAACUGUGCUAAAGGGAAGCUAAUUCUGUAGGCUAUGAGUAUGAAAGUGAUUUCAGUCAUGUUUUUGAGCUUCUGUCCGCUGAUUAAAAGUUCUGUUUCCUGUA